CAUUUACUCCACCUUCCGUCACACCACCACCCCCGCCCCCGCGCCCUCAAUUCCCGCCUCCCUCCUCCCCCCUUCCUUCCUCGCAGCGCAUGCACCGGCGCGGCUGCUGCUAGGCGGCGGCGCAGACGACAACCCAGCGACCAGCGGCCCGUCCGCCCCACGUCCAUGGCGACGCUGCAGGACCUCGGGGUGUCGGCCUUCAUCAACAUCCUGGGGGCCUUCGUCUUCCUGCUGCUCUUCGCCGUGCUCCGCAUCCAGCCCAUCAACGACCGCGUCUACUUCCCCAAGCUCUACAUCGCCGGCAAGCGCGGCGCCGGCGACCACCGCGGCGCCCGCAGGGUCAUCAACCUCAACCUCUGCACCUACUUCAAGUUCCUCAGCUGGGUCCCCGGCGCGCUCCGCAUGGGCCAGACCGAGCUCAUACACCACGCCGGCCUCGACUCCGCCGUCUACCUCCGAAUCUACACGCUCGGCCUCAAGAUAUUUUUGCCGGUCAUGGUCGUCGCCUUGCUGGUUCUCAUUCCAGUCAAUGUCUCUGGUGGGACAUUACUGAACCUGAGAAAAGAUGUCAUGUUUAGUGAUAUUGAUAAGCUAUCCAUAUCAAAUGUUAGCCCGGGAUCCAACAGGUUCUUUAUUCAUCUUUUAAUGGCUUAUGUGUUCACAUUUUGGACGUGCUUUAUGCUCUACAAGGAGUACAGUAAUGUGGCAUUCAUGAGAUUACAUUUCCUGGCUUCUCAGAAACGUUGUGCUGAUCAGUUCACUGUGAUUGUUAGAAACAUACCUCGUGUUUCAAGCCACUCGACGUCUGAGACAGUCGACGAGUUCUUCCGUAGGAACCAUCCAGACCACUAUCUUGGUCAGCAGGCUGUUUACAAUGCAAACCGGUAUGCUAAACUUGUAAAGCAAAAAGAGAGACUUCAAAACUGGCUGGAUUACUACCAGCUAAAGUUUGAAAGGCAUCCUGAUAAAAGACCAACUGGAAGGACUGGAUGCUUUGGUUUCUGUGGUAGACAAGUGGAUCAAAUCGACUACUAUCGGGCUACAAUUAGUGAACUUGAUAAGAGGAUUGCAUCAGAGCGUCAGAGAGUUUUGAAUGAUCCAAAAGCCGUUAUGCCAGUUUCUUUUGUGACAUUUGACUCAAGAUGGGGUGCUGCUGUAUGUGCACAGACACAACAGUCGAAAAAUCCCACACAAUGGCUGACCAAUUGGGCUCCUGAACCACGUGACGUUUAUUGGCAAAAUCUUGCUAUUCCUUUUUUCUCUCUGAGUAUACGCAAGUUUCUCAUAUCAAUCGCGGUCUUUGCGUUGGUGUUCUUCUACAUGAUACCUAUUGCAUUUGUGCAAUCACUUGCCAAUCUCGAGGGUAUUGAAAAAGUCGCGCCUUUCUUGAGGCCAGUAAUAGAAGUAAAAGUGGUGAAGUCCUUCCUACAGGGUUUCCUUCCCGGUCUGGCUUUGAAGCUCUUUCUCUAUAUCCUCCCUACGGUUCUUAUGAUCAUGUCAAAAGUUGAAGGCUAUGUCUCUUUGUCAUCCCUGGAAAGAAGAACUGCUUCGAAAUAUUACUACUUCAUGCUGGUGAAUGUAUUUCUUGGAAGCAUAAUUGCUGGCACAGCUUUUGAACAGCUAGAUUCCUUUUUUCAUGAUCCUCCUUCACAAAUACCAAGGACCAUUGGAGUAGCGGUACCAAUGAAAGCAACAUUCUUCAUGACAUACAUAAUGGUCGAUGGCUGGGCCGGUAUUGCCAACGAGAUUCUUCGGGUGAAGCCACUGGUCAUAUACCAUCUGAAGAACAUGUUCAUCGUGAAAACCGAGAGGGACAGGGAGAGGGCGAUGGAUCCACGCAGCAUUGCGCUCGGAGAAAACCUUCCAUCCCUGCAGUUGUAUUUCCUCCUUGGGCUCGUGUACGCGGUGGUCACCCCCAUUCUCCUUCCUUUCAUAAUCGUCUUCUUUGCCUUCGCUUACCUUGUCUACAGGCAUCAGAUCAUAAAUGUGUACAAUCAGGAGUACGAAAGCGCGGCGGCAUUCUGGCCUCAGGUCCACUCGCGCAUCAUAGCGAGCUUGCUCAUCUCUCAUGUGACUCUCUUUGGGCUGCUGAGCACGAUGAAAGCCGCCUACUCUACUCCGCUGCUCAUCUUCCUUCCAAUGCUGACAUUAUGGUUCCACAAGUACUGCAAGAGUCGGUUCGAACCAGCGUUCCGCAAAUACCCUCUAGAGGAGGCGAUGGAGAAGGACGUGAUGGAGCACGCGUCGGAGCCGAGCCUGAACCUCAAGACCUACCUGGCAAAUGCUUACCUGCACCCAAUCUUCCAUAUGUUUGAGCAGGAGGAUCAGAAAGAGGCGGCCACCAUAGAGGUGAGAAUCGACAAAUCGGAGCAUCAGCAGCAACAGCAUGUGAGAAGCUCACACUCACAGUAUGAGGAGGAGACGAGCGCACAGACGCAUUACCACCACGAGGAGAUGACCAGCAGCCAGUACCAGUACCAGUAUCAGUACCAGCACGAGCAAACUCACAUGAGGAGUGAGCAGUCACCGCCACACUUUGUCUACCACCAUGGAGACGAGCAUUGACGCUGCGAAUUUACUGCUCCCUAACUUGACCAUUUGCCUCGCAUUUUCGUGAAAAAUGAUUGCCCCCUGUAGUCCAGAUGAUGCUGAUGAUUGAUGUACAUGCCAAUAUGUAGUGUGAUGAUAAUCUUAUGAGUUGAUUAAAAAAAAUUCUGCGAAGGGAGAAGACAAUUUCCUUGAGUA